GAGUUAAGCGAUAUCCAGGGUGUUAGACUAUCUAAUAACGAACCCUUUCCAGCAGGCUACCUAGGACUCAACCACCACCGUCGCAGUAAAGAGCCCAGUACAUCCAAACUACAUAUCAGAUAUAUACUUCAGAUACAAAACAAAACACGAUGGCAGCGACGAUUCUUAUCACGGGGUCUACUGGCCUGAUCGGUUUUCGCAUCCUUCUCGCCGCCCUCGCCGCUGGCCACAAUGUACGUUAUACGGUCAGAUCAGAAGACAAAGCCAAAGUAGUCGCCUCAAACCCUGCUGUUCAAAAGCUCGCGCCUGGUGAACGCCUCUCCCCGGUCAUCAUACCCGACCUCACCGUCGAAGGCGCCUUUGAUUCAGCCCUGCAAGGUGUCACGCACAUCAUCCACGCCGGCUCGCCCGUACCCGUGCCGAGCUACGAGCCCACAACAGAGAUAUUCCAGCCGACGAUAAAAAUAUCUUCGGGCCUGCUCUCGUCCGCGCUUAAAGCGCCCAGCGUGAAGCGCGUCAUCAUAACUUCAUCCAUCGUCGCGAAUCUCGGCGCCGUGCCGCCUCCCACCGCCGUCUCGGCGAAAACGCGCGUUCCGCUACCCGACCCCGUCCCCACCACUUUCGACAACGUCUUUGAGGCGUACGUGCUGGGCAAGAUAGUCGAGCUGCAUAACUCGGACGAGUUCGUCAAGAAGCACAGUCCUCAUUUUACCGUAUCCCACGUGGUGCCCGGAUACGUCUUCGGCCGCAACGAGCUCGCCCUCGACGCCGCUAUGAUGCAGACGCAGAACAGCUCCAACAACUUCCUGAUGAUGGGCAUGGUGGGCGGAGAGCUGCCAUUCCCGAUCCACGGCGGCUUCGCGCACAUCGACGACGUGGCGGACGCCCAUCUGCGCGUGGCGUUCCUCGACCCGCAACAGGAUGGACCCAAGGACUUUGGUAUCGCGACGAAGGUCGACUACGGAACGAUAUUCGACCACGUCGCUAAGGCAUUCCCCAAGGCAGUUGCAGAGGGGGUCUUCAAGAAGGGCACGGUUCCGACGUUGCCUGUUGAGUACGACUCCAGCGAUGUAGAGAAGCUACUGGGCGGGAAGUUAAGAACAUUUGAGAGUGCAGUAGUCGACGUCGCUGCCCAAUUUCUCGAGAAGUUGGGCAAGGAAAAGGCGUGAUGCGCGGAAUUAUAUACUAGGCGGGAGAGCAAUAGAGCGCAGGUUGGACAUGACUGAUGUUCCACCGGGCUGAGAUACAAUGUAAAGGAUAUUCAAAAAUGUAAACACUCUUGAAGUAUAUAUA